ACUAUAUAUAGAUUGCAUAUGACUUCAUAUCUUUUUCAACAGCUCCACUGAAAAAGUAUCAGCUUUUCACUUCAAAGAAUCCAGUCCAGUAAUGGCUCUUCAGGCUACUUCUCUGGUUUCCUCUGCUUUUUCUGUACCUAAAGAGGGGAAGUGUAGUGCUUCGUUUAAAGAUUCAAGUUUGUUUGGUGUUUCCCUCUCGGACCAUCUUAAAGCUGACUUUAAUUCUUCUGCAUUGAGAUGCAAGAGGGAAUCCCACCAAAGAAAUGGAGCAGUGAGAGCUCAGACAGCAGCAACAGCAAGUCCAACAGUGAACAGGGCAUCCUCAGACAGCAAGAAAACCUUAAGAAAAGGAAGUGUUAUCAUCACUGGUGCUUCUUCAGGAUUAGGUCUAGCCACCGCUAAGGCGUUAGCGGAAACCGGCAAAUGGCAUGUUAUUAUGGCCUGCAGGGACUUUCUUAAGACAGAAAGAGCUGCUAAAUCAGCUGGCAUUGCCAAAGAAAACUACACUACUAUGCACUUGGACCUUUCUUCCCUCGACAGCGUCCGCCAAUUUGUCGAUAAUUUCAGGCGAUCAGGCCGCCCUCUUGACGUCAUAGUUUGCAAUGCUGCUGUUUACCAGCCAACUGCUAAAGAACCUUCUUUCACCGCUGAAGGGUUUGAACUUAGUGUGGGUACUAACCAUCUUGGUCACUUCCUGCUUUCCCGCUUGUUGCUCGAGGAUCUCAACAAAUCGGAUUACCCAUCAAAAAGACUCAUUAUCGUUGGAUCGAUUACUGGGAACACGAAUACGUUGGCUGGAAAUGUACCCCCCAAAGCCAACCUUGGGGACAUGAGGGGUUUAGCAGGAGGAUUGAACGGGCUUAAUAGCUCGGCGAUGAUUGAUGGCGGUAACUUUGACGGAGCUAAGGCCUACAAGGACAGCAAAGUCUGCAACAUGCUCAUAAUGCAGGAGUUUCACAGGCGUUUCCAUGAAGAAACCGGAAUCACCUUCGCUUCCCUUUAUCCUGGCUGCAUUGCUACUACCGGCUUGUUUAGGGAGCACAUUCCGUUGUUCAGAGCUUUGUUCCCUCCUUUCCAGAAGUACAUCACCAAGGGCUAUGUUUCUGAAGACGAAGCCGGAAAAAGACUUGCUCAGGUUGUAAGCGAUCCAAGCUUGACGAAAUCAGGUGUAUACUGGAGCUGGAACAAGGACUCGGCCUCAUUUGAAAAUCAGUUGUCUCAAGAAGCUAGUGACGCAGACAAGGCUCGUAAAGUAUGGGAGAUUAGUGAGAAGCUCGUCGGUCUGGCUUAACUGAGAAGCUUGAGACUGAUCCUUGCCGCGGGAGAAGAAGAUGGUAGUACAGAGCUGAGAAGUUCAAAGUUUCAAAUCGAAAGAAUGUUCGUUUUUGUAAGCAAAAAAUUUGUUUUGUAGGAGUAGAUGACUUUGUAUCUUUGGUAAUAAAAAUCACUCACCCUUGUUGCAAA